AUGACGAUUCAAACAGUGAGCGAUCAACAAGCACAGUAUCUGAAAGAGGCUCUGCAAGUAGUCCGCAUCCAGUCCAAGCUCAUGAGGCAAUGUCUAGAUAAGCAUCGACUGAUGGACGGCAUCAAGCAUUGUUCCAAUAUGCUGGGAGAGCUUCGCACCUCACUCUUGUCGCCCAAGAACUACUAUGAGCUAUAUAUAUCCAUUUUUAAUGCAAUGCGUUAUUUAAUCGACUAUCUACUGGAAAUGCAUCAAGCGGGAAAACACCAUCUGGGCGAUUUGUAUGAGUUAGUGCAGUACGCAAGCAGUAUUGUGCCUCGAUUGUAUUUGAUGACGACCGUGGGGUCCAUCUAUCUCAGCGUCGACGAUGCGCCUCCAGUAGCCGAAGUCAUGAGCGACAUGAUGGAAAUGACGAGAGGCGUGCAGCACCCAAUUCGAGGGCUCUUUUUACGCCAUUACUUGGGUGGAAUGACUCGAGAUUUUCUGCCACACAAUGUCGACCACUUGAGUGCAACAAUACAGUUCAUACUGACUAACUUUGCUGAAAUGAACAAGCUAUGGGUGAGACUGCAACACAUGGGACAUACAAGAGACAGAGCAAAGAGAGAGUCUGAGAGAAAAGAGCUGGGUACAUUAGUAGGCACAAAUCUGGUGCGAUUGAGUCAGUUGGAGGGUGUCGAUCUAGAGAUGUAUCAGACAGACAUACUGCCAGGCAUCUUGAGCCAGGUCAUCAGCUGUCAUGAUGUGAUGGCCCAGGAAUAUCUUAUGGAAGUCAUUAUUCAAAUUUUUCCCGAUGAAUUUCAUAUCUACACAUUGAAGCCUUUUCUCGCCACCACAGCGCAAUUGCACGCCAACGUCAACAUCAAGAUGAUCAUCAUGGCUUUACUAGACAGACUAGCCACUUAUUCAAAAGACCAACAGACAAACAUAGGCAUUCAAGAGGAAGAAGAAGUAGAAAGCAAUGCCCUGUUUCUCAUGUUUUGGAAUGAAAUCAUGGAACUCGUGAAAAGUCGUCGUGAAUUACCAGUGCAGGAUCAAACGUCGCUGUUCUUGUCGCUUGCCAAUUUCUCGAUUUCCUGCUACCCAGAUCGACUGGACUACAUGGACCAGAUACUGCACUUUACCAAGGAAUCCAUCUUUAGUCAAUAUGCGCCGGAGUUGCACACCAAGCAAUCUGAGCAAAACGUGCUUCAAUUGCUGCUUCUGCCUGCUCAGACAUGGGAUGUGCUUACGCUGAUUACGACACUCAAGCACUAUCAGCCAUUGCUGGCCAUUCAGCCGUAUUCUACACGCAGAACAGUGGGAUUGGCUAUUCUAGACAACAUACUGGAGAAGGAAACUCGCCUUGAUCAGCCUGAGCAAGUUUACCAGAUACUGGAGAUCUGUCAUGUACUGGUCAAGGACCACAAAAAUACAUUUGUUUCGCAGCAGUUAUACCAGUACGAAGAUGAGGACGACAGAGAUGAACAAGGCUGGGUGGCGAGACUAGUGCAUUUAUUCUACUCGGAAGAUGAGGACACGCAGUUUUUGCUGUUAUCAGCAGCAAGGCAGCAGCUGGAAAAUGGCGACCAAAAUCGAAUCAAGACCAUUUUUCCUUCGUUGAUUGUUUCCAGUUUGAAGCUCGCUACCAGAUAUUUUUACAGGCAUAAAAAGGAGCAACAGCAACAACAGCAACAGGGCGCAUUGAAAACAGAGCAGGGGCAGGAGGAAGAGCAAGAGACACCAGUGGAAGAGGACAAUGCCAAGACAAUGGAUCAUGCCAAUGAUGACGAGGAGAAAAAAGAAGAGGAUGAGCAGCAGCAAAAGGAAAAUGAACAGGUUGCCAUGGCAACAUCAGAUGCAGACAGACAGGACGAAUGGGGCAAAAAGAUGACAACACUAUACCAUUUUAUUCAUCAAAUCAUUAUGAUCUUUUGCCGUCAAUGCGAAAACACAGAAGCACACACAGUCCAAUUCUUUCUGAUGGCGGGUCAAAAUGCCAAUUAUUGCGGUUUUGAGAAGACAGCUUUUGAGCUGUAUCUGGAUGCAUUCCGUGUAUACGAGGAGUCAGUGUCCCAUUCCAGAGCGCAAUUUAAUGCGAUUGUUUACAGUAUUGGAUCAUUACUCAAAAUAUGGUCUCGAUUCCAAGAGCAGUAUUUUAACAAACUUAGCACCAAGCUCACAGUCUACAGUACAAAAUUACUUAAGAAACCAGAUCAAUCCAGAGCCGUGUACCUGUCAUCGCACUUGUGGACGCAGGGAGAAACGCCAUCGCGAAUAAUUGAAUGCCUGCAGAAAUCGCUCAAGAUAGCUGAUAGCUGCAUGGAUGCAGUGACAAAUGAAAUGCUGUUUUUGGAGUUAUUGAAUCAAAAUAUUUACUAUUUUGAAAACGGACAAUCCUUGGUUACUGCCAAUUACUUGAAUGGCUUGAUGGAUUUGAUUUCAUCGAGAUUAAUGUAUAUAAAUCAGCAAGAUCAGCACCCCUUUACAUCGAAUUCGUCGAGUCUAAUGGAUCAUGAUGACAGCGACUUGCCAGAUUACAUAACACGUCAAUUUGACUCAAUAUUGGCCCAUUUGAGAUUUUGCCGAGAAAGAUCUCCAGAGAGAUACACAGAGAUUGAGUUGCCCACUGUGAAUGAAGCGAAAUAA